GUCAUUCGGUGUUUUCUAGAAGAAGAAGAGUUGCGAAGAAAAAUAAAAUAUUUGCCAAGGAAAACAAACAUAUUAACGAAAUACCCACAAAAUAAGGAACGAAUUUGAAUCGUUAAAAAUGUCUGCACCGCUAGAGAACCUUGAGACCCAGCUAGAGAUGUUCAUCGAGAAUGUUCGUCAGAUCCGCAUAAUCGUAAGCGAUUUUCAGCCACAGGGUCAAAAUGUACUCAACCAGAAAAUUAACAGCUUGGUGACCGGCCUACAAGAGAUCGACAAGCUGCGCUCCCAGGUGCAGGACGUCUAUGUGCCAUUUGAAGUGUUUUUUGACUACAUCGACCAAGACAAGAAUCCUCAGCUGUACACCAAGGAUUGCGUGGAGAAGGCACUGGCCAAGAACGAGGAGGUCAAGGGCAAGAUCGAGGGCCUGAAGAAGUUCAAAACGAAUCUGCUGCUGGAGCUGUAUAAAACAUUUCCCAAUGAGAUGAACAACUACCGCGCUUAUCGCAAGGACUCCAUGUAAGGACGUGCUCGAAGGACACGCGACCUGAACUUUAGAUUGUAAGCCACAUGUUGGAAUAAAUUUAUACUUCUGUACAUAAAACUCUGUGUUUCACUAUCCAUUAAGACUAUAUGUUGGU